UGAGGGAGUGCUUGUGGAAGAGAGAGGGAGAAGGCACUUGCCUUGCAAAGGACUGACCCUCAGGGUGUGGCUUUGAAAUCACGUGUACGCUCCGGUGGCACUAACACAAAUAAUUAAUAUCUCCUCUUGUCCUGUCUCUUUUGGUUGCAUUAGGUGUCUGCUUGCAUUCCCAUACUUAGACUGGCCAGAACCCGUAAGAAGGUUUUGUUUUACUGCCACUUUCCUGACCAGCUUCUGACCAAGAGAGAAUCUUUCCUGAAGCGUCUCUACAGAUGGCCACUUGACUGGCUGGAAGAGUACACGACUGGCAUGGCAGACUGUAUUGUUGUGAACAGCAAGUUUACUGCCAGCGUGUUCAAAGACACAUUUAAGUCCCUGUCUCACAUAAACCCAGAUGUCCUCUACCCAUCACUCAACGUCAGUAGCUUUGAAACAAUCAUUCCUGCAGACAUAGUUGACCUGAUACCGAAAAAGAAGAAGUUCUUGUUUCUUUCCAUUAAUAGGUAUGAGAGAAAAAAGAAUCUAGCAUUGGCUCUUGAAGCUUUGCAUGAACUUCGAGGAAGACUUGAUUCUCAUGAGUGGAAUGAAGUUCACCUGGUUAUGGCAGGUGGUUAUGAUAAACGAGUUCUGGAAAAUGUGGAGCACUACGAAGAGCUGAGGAGACUUGCAGCCACGCUUGGUGUUAAUGAGCAUGUGACUUUUCUGAGAUCGUUCUCAGAUGAACAGAAAGUCUCCCUUUUUAGUAACUGUGUAUGUGUGCUUUAUACACCAAGCAAUGAACAUUUUGGUAUUGUCCCUUUGGAGGCAAUGUAUAUGAGAUGUCCAGUUAUAGCAGUUAAUUCAGGUGGUCCUUUAGAAUCAAUCUUGCAUAGUGUUACAGGAUUUUUGUGUGAUCCUCAACCAACCCAAUUCGCUGAAGCAAUGGAAAAAAUUGUGAGAGAUCCUAUCUUAAAGGAUGCAAUGGGAGCAGCUGGGAGAGUGAGAGUUAUGGAAAAAUUUUCCUCAGAAGCUUUCUCAGAACAGCUGUACAAAUACAUUUGCAAAUUAACAGAAUAAAGUUAUAUUCCUAUAUUUUA